AAAAGCAACUGGGCUCUAAUCUCUUCCGAAAUCCGCGAAAAUCAUGGGGUUUAUAGAGGAAAACGGUUCCAUCGAUCUUCCUACCAAAACCCAACAAAACCCUAAACUAGUUACAGAGUUUUGAGAAAUCAAGGCGGAAGAACGAGGGCAAAGUCUGAGGAUUAACUCCAGGUAACAUACUAUUAGACAGCCUUCAUUUAUUGAUCUCAUCGUCAUUCUUCACUGAUAUUGUUUCUCUGCUCAUCAUGCCUUUUCUCUAAGCUUAUUUGAAUAUCAAUGUAUAUGGUCUGUUGUUUAGUAAUUGAUUGGCGAAUCCAAUAUUUUGUUGUUUAAAAUCUUCAACUCAAUCUCUCACACAAUGGUUAUUCUUGUCGGUAAAAAUAUAUAUAGGGUUAAGUCUUAUUUUAUGUGGAUCCAGUCCUAGAAAACUGAAUAUAGAUAUAUAAUUAGGAAAAAUCUUGGAAAGAAAGAUGUUUGUAGACAAAUUGAAAAACUACAUGAACAGUGUGUUUCUUUUUUGUAUGAUGGUGAGGUUUAAGGUAGCUUCCUCUUUUCUUUUGUUCUCUGGUACACCUUUUAACAAAGAUCAUUGAUAACCACUUUUUAACUAGAGAGUUGAUAUUCUUAGGAACUAAUAUGAUAUUUGCUUUUUCCCCUUUUAAAUCUGUAUUCGAUCUCAGUUCUAUCCCUACAAAUGUUGCUCCUAAUUUAAAUAACACCCAUUUAUAUGCAAUUUUUGGUUUAUAGCUCCAUAGAAAAAACAUUAAAUUGAUUAUUUUUAUUGGUAAUAAUAGUUGAGAUAGGACAUAUGGAUCAUCAAUGGGUCAAGAUUGGGAAUAGGACCUCUAUCGAGUAUUUUCAUUGAUUUAUUGUUGUUAUUCUUAUAUAAAUUAUAUGUUAACUACUUAAAUGUACUAAUUAUUGAAUGAAAAUUUUGUCUAAAAGAAUUAUUUGCUGCCAUUUAGUCUAUACCUACUUAGGAAAAAUUGUAAAUUGAGUGUUGUUUUACUGGUAAUCAUUCUUAGAUACAAAAUUAAUAUGGAUCAUCAGUGGGUGAAGAAUGGGGAUCGGGUUUCGCUCGAGUAUGUGAACGGGGUAAAGGAAUUUCUAAAUGUUGCCCAACAUACUUUGAACUCCAAUGGGUUAACUUUAUGCCCAUGUGCUAACUGUCUCAAUUCGAGACUACAAAAUAUAGGUAUUAUUGCUGCCCAUUUGAUUAAUAUAGGAAUUGAUAAGUCGUAUACACGGUGGGUGCAUCACGGUGAGGUUGAAGUCGAUGAAGAAGAAGUGGGACCUAAUGAUUUUGUUAAUGAAGAAUUUAGUGGCUUAAGAGAAGGGUUAGAGGAUGCAAUUGGUCAUCAUUUAUUUAAUAUCGACCCUACUAAUGAUUUAUUUGAAAAUCAGCAACCAGUAAUUGGAAAUGCUCGUUACGAGAAGCUGCAUGAAGCUCUAAGUAAUCCUUUGUAUGAAGGAUGUAAGAAUUCUUCUACAUUGACAUUUGUUGUAAAGUUGAUGAAUUUGAAGUGAUGAACAAGUGGUCUGAUAAUUCGUUUGAGAUGUUGCUGAAGUUGAUACAUGAGGUGCUUCUAGAUAGUAAUAAUUGUCCAGAGAGCUAUUAUGAUGUUAGAAUGAUGCUUUGUGAAGCUGGUUUAGGUUAUGAGCUUAUUGAUGUUUGUCAAUAUGAUUGUGCUAUUUUCUAUGGGGACACCAAAGAUGCUAUAGCAUGUCCGGUUUGUCAAAGUAGUCGUUAUGUGCGCAACAAAAUUGCACAUAAGAAGUUGCGAUACUUUCCGCUAGCACCUCGUUUGAAGCGUUUAUAUGCGUCACGCCACACAACCAAGGAUAUGUGGUGGCAUAAAGAAGUUCGCAAGGAGGAGGCUGGAGUUUUGCGUCAUCCUGCUGAUGGAAAGGCUUGGAAACAUUUUGAUAAGUUAUAUCCCGAUUUUUCAGUUGCAUUUUUACUUUAAAGGGAUUGGAGGACCAGUUGAUCCAACAAAGGCAAAGACUACACCCCCUCCAAAUAUGGGUAGCAAAGAUGAUUGGGAGUAUCUUUGUGAUAUGUGGUGUGAGCCAAAAUACAUGGAGACUGCAGAAAAGAGGGUUAUGGCUUGUGGAAAGCGUAAAAUGAAUAAUAGAAAUGGUUCGAAAAGUACAAUACGUUAUCAUAUCGAACGUGGACUUGAUUUGGAUUCUUCAACGAGUCAAAUUGAGACUUGGAGGCUUACACAUUGGGAUGACAAAAAGGGUUGGAGAUCUACUGAUGCAGCUGUAAAAUAUGAAGAAAUGAUGAAGCUGAGAAACGAGCAUACGGUAGAAUCAAUGAGCGACAAUUCUAUUCUAGAGAAGGUACUUGGUCGGAGCUCUGUUCGUUUGUCUGGGUGGGGGCGUGAUCCUGUUGUUAUUAGUAACACCACGGGUACUAAUAAGAAUUCAAAUCACCCUACUUAUGAUGAAUUAGUGGAUGAUACUCAAAAUUUGAAAAGAAGAUGUGCAAUUAUGGAACGACUGUUGAUUGAGAAAAAUAUCAUGCCUCCUCCUUCAAGUACAUCACCAAGACUAUCUGAAGGUGAUACAUCUGACUUUGAUACAUCUACCCACUCUGGACAUGGACAGUCUCAUGGUGAAUAUUAAUGGGUUUGAUCAUAUGGAAUGAAUAAUCAACAAUGUUUAGUAUUUUCAUUAUUCUCGUAGCUAUUAUAACUAGUAUUUUAGUUAGUUGUCUAAGUAUUUCAAGUUAGAUGUUGAACUUUUUUAUUUGUGGUUUGAACUAUGUUAUAACUUUUUUAAUAAAAAAUAGUA